AAACCACCAACUACUAUUCUCCACCUCUUUCUCUCUCUCUCUCUCUCUGCGAUCUGCCUCUCUUGGAAUUCUCAUCACCUGUCAAACACCGUUGUCUUUUCUUUUCGUGUUUUCUGAUUCCUGGUAAAUAAUCUGUCGGGCGCGCGCUCGAUGAGACCCACCUGGCCGGGCUUCUAGAUGAGCUGCUGUCCGCCGCCCGACCGAUGGACAGCUCUCCGACCUACGACGGCCUGCCGCCGGUCGCGUCCUCCUCCUCCUCCUCCUCCUCCGCCGCGCUCUUCGCUAACAACCUCAAGGGCCUCCUCCUCGCCGUCGCCUCCAGCGCCUUCAUCGGCGCCAGCUUUAUCUUCAAGAAGAAGGGCCUCAAGCGCGCCGGUGCCUCCGGCGCACGCGCCGGCGUAGGUGGGUACGGAUAUCUUCUGGAGCCGCUCUGGUGGAUUGGAAUGAUCACAAUGAUUGUCGGAGAAAUCUCCAAUUUUGUGGCUUAUAUGUUUGCCCCCGCGGUUCUGGUGACGCCGUUGGGGGCUUUGAGCAUCAUAGUCAGUGCUGUUUUGGCUCAUUUCUUUCUGAAAGAGAAGCUUCAGAGGAUGGGUGUGUUAGGCUGUGUGCUUUGUAUUGUGGGAUCCACGGUGAUUGUGCUUCAUGCCCCUGAGGAGAAGACCCCGAGCUCGGUUGAGCAGAUUUGGAAUUUGGCAACCCAGCCAGGUAUAAACUUUUUGAUCAUUGUCGUUAGGGUGUUCCUUGUCCUGUUGCUGCCUCUUGUCUUUGAUGAUAAAUGGUUGGGAAUUAUUUUUGUGCUUCGUCCAGCCUUUCUUUUUUAUGCAGCAUCGGCAGUGGCAGUAUCACUCGUUCUGAUGUUGCAUUGCUCUCCACGGUAUGGGCAGACAAACAUAAUGGUGUACUUGGGCAUCUGUUCAGCAAUUGGAUCUUUGACGGUGAUGAGUAUUAAAGCCAUAGGAAUUGCCAUUAAACUUACUGUUGAAGGCAUCAACCAGGCUGGUUAUUUUCAGACAUGGGUGUUUGCUAUGGUUGCAAUCACCUGCAUUAUUAUUCAGUUAAUUUAUUUGAACAAGGCGUUGGAUACUUUUAACACUGCUGUAGUUUCACCCAUCUACUAUGCCAUGUUCACAACUCUCACAAUAUUUGCGAGUGCCAUUAUGUUCAAGGAUUGGUCUGGACAGAGUGCAAGCAAUAUCGCAUCAGAGAUUUGUGGGAUAAUUACAGUGCUUUCUGGAACAACAGUAUUACAUUCUACAAGAGAGCCAGAUCCACCUUCCUCUGCAGAUUUGUAUACACCACUUUCACCUAAAAUAUUGUGGCAUAUCCAAGGCAAUGGAGAACUAGGAAAGCACAAGAAUGAUGAUUUGUUAUCUGCUGAAUUCAUCACUGUGGUGCGACAAGACUACUUCACCUAGAAUGCCUAGGAUGGUAGGUUGCUGCUAUAUGUUGAACUCGUUGCUGCUGUGCCACAGAGGUUUCCCUUUGAGGCCCUUGCUCAUCAGUCUUGUGAAAACCUGCCUCAACCCUCAUUGGCUCAAAGUGGUGUGUAGAAAGUUUUGUAGGCUAUAAAAGUGCUUAGUGAUUGAAGAAGUUAAUUGGAUUGUUCGUUUCUUGUAGCCUUCUUUGCUUGCAUCACUGCCACAUGUAGUUGCAUGUGCCUUUGUUUCUGUCAGUCUCUUGGCAUCGGUACGUCCUAGCCACGUAUACCUUUGUCAGUCUGCCACCUGAUUGGUAGAGCCGGGGUUGUAUUAGUUGGUUUAACCUAGGUAUAAGCUAAUGCAGAAAAUGAUCUUGAUUGUAAUUUUGUUUGGAUAAUUUAAUGUACAAGUUAUUGUACAGUUUGGUAUUUUU